GUUUCCGAGAUGGUUACAGGGCAACCACACAACUGUUUUUUUCUUACAUCAAACGGAAUUUUCAUCUUUCUUUGGCCUAAAACUCUUUUAAAACUUCCUUAAACACCCUUUGAAAUACUUAUAAUAUUGCAAUGAUAAGAGAACAAGAGGACUGAUUCGUUGAUCACAACUACUGACAUUUGAAUUCGUUGCCUUCCAAAAUUAGUGGUUAUUGUGAUUGAGUUCAUGAUUUGAAGCAAUGAUUUUAAGAUCGUGAGGAAAGGAGGAUCUCCUUUGAGUGAUAGAUAAAAUCCAUGCCAAUCCCAGGUGUUACAGUCGAGGAUGUGGACGCAUACUCUGAUGUGUCUAAUGGCUCUACGAUCUCAGUGGGCAGUGCGGCAUCUGGUGGAAGUGGACACAUGCCCAGACCUCCAUCAGGGAGCUCUAAGAGGUCAAAGUCAGUUCAAGGCAGAAGAUCAAAAGUUGGAAAGUCACCAUAUUCAAGUUUACAACUGAAAAGCUCAUCAAAACAGCAGCCUUCCAAACCCACUGCAAGAAACAUGUGGAUCACUGCAAUGAGAAAUGGAACUGCUACCCUGAGUACAGAAAAUUCUCCCAUAAAGACUUGGGGAGGUUCAAGAGCUUCACAAAAUAAACAGAAUAAAACUGGCUCUAGAUCAAGGCAUUUGAGUGAUUAUGUUCAGAUUGAAGAUCUAAAAAAUACGAAUCAUAUCAGAAGUGCAAGUUUGUCUGCAAGUGAACCACAGUUGUCUAUUGGUGGUCCUGCAUAUAAACCACAGGAAGACUACUAUGAUGAGAUCAUAGAGUUAAAAAAGAUCAUAAAUGCCUUAAAAGCAGAAAACAAUAUUCUAAACACAAAACUCCGCAGAGUGGAAGGAGAGAAUGUCUUGAAGGACAGAAAAAUGGAAGACCUCUUGAAUACAAGAAAGCAGCCUGAAGAUGUCAGAAGAACAUUGACAGACAAAAAAGGAGACACCAGUGCUAUUGUGAAUAGUUUAAAACAGAAGCUCCAUGCAGUAGAAAGAACAGUCAAGGACAAAGAAGCAGAAUUAAGUCAGCUAAAAAAGGAUAUAAAAAUGACAAAUAUUGAGGAGCUGCAAAUUCAGAGUGAAACAUAUUACCAAGAGGUUCAAAGAUUACAAUUGGCUCUAAUAGAAAUGCAGCAAUCUCAGUUGAACGGUUCUUUCGGAAUGACGAGUCCAAGGAAUAGUUCUCUUUCAAAAGGAACCAGAGGAUCCAAGCCCUCGAACGUUUCUCUUCAAAGGCUAGCAGAGGAAAACGAACACCUUAAAGCUGAUAAUCGCGCUCUUAAGAAAGAUCUGUUGACAGCGAUUGAAAAUGCGUCGAGUUCAGACAAAAAGACUACUCUUAGAGCUGAAUAUGCGGACAUGAACCGUGGAGAACUUCUCGCGAAGAUUCAUGAAUUGGAAGAAAAAGUUCAAGACGCCGACGGAAAGAAAACACAAACUAGGAAAGGACCCUUAGUAGAAGGUAAAGAGGAUGAAGAAGUGAGAAGAAAAAGCACAUCUAAGGUCACUGCUGAAGUGCCAGGAAGAUUGGAGCUGAAGGGAACCACAUCCCAGAAACUAGCUCAACUGCAAGAAAGAGAAGUUGAACUCUUAGAAGAGAGAGAAAAGCAACGGGAGAUCAUUCAACGGCUGAAAGAAGAUCGUGCUCAUUACAGGGAAGUCGCCGAUGAUCUCAGAGUGCAGUUGAAGUCCACUCAAGCAGAUCUUGACAGACUGAGAGAAGAGAAGGGUGUUGUUGGGGAUAGAAGAUCAUCCACUAGUUCAGCAAGUCCAAGGAGGAAGUCAUCCUUUAGAGAGGUGCCGCCUCAGGAUGGUAACGAUGAAGAGAUGGAUAGCAUGUUGAAAGAAUUCCAGCAGCAACGAGCCGCUAAGGCUCUUCAGAGACAAUGGAGAGGAUAUCAGGGAAGGAAAAUGGAAAUAGAAAAACAGGAUAGACAGGCAGUAGAGAGACAAAAUCAAGCUGCUACAACCCUACAGAAAAAUUGGCGGAAACACAGAGAUAAGACCAAACAAAUGGAUGAAGAAUCAAAACAAGAGGCAAUAACACAGAUUCAAGCUGCCUUGCGCGGACAAGCGGCACGUAAUAAGUACAUUGCACAGCUUGAUAAAGAACUGGAAUUUACAGACCGAGAUGACGCUGUCGUGGCCCUUCAGUCAGCAAUGAGAGCGCACUUAGCAAGAAAAAAACACCUUGGAUACAUUGAAGAGGACGAAAUCACAUCACGUGAUACGAGAACGAGAGGAAGUUCCAGUCAUCACCUGGGCGACUCCGAGCCCGACUCUGAUGAAGGUCUGGUGACUAGAUCUUCCAGCCCCAAACGACACCCAGAACCGGCUACAACAGGUCUGAGGAGAUCAAGUUUAACAGGGCUUUCAGGUGAUCAAGCACAUGUUACGUCAGAACUUGCACGUGAUCCGACUGAAUCUGAUUCUGAUGAUGAUGCUGUCGUAAUCGGGCGAUCAGUAAAAAAUAAAAAGGAAAUUCAUAGCGAGGAAAUGAGUUCUAAUCAGUUGAACUCUGAAACUUCUGAGGAAAGAAACAAAAAAGAAUCAAAGAAACCACGCGAAACGAAAAAAGCCAAGAAGGAGUCGGCGAAGAAGGAAGCCAAAGAGGAAAAAAGUCUCAUAGACGAGGAGGGCCCAAGGCGGAGUUUGAUCACAGCUCCACGAUUUGCAAACAUCUCAGAAAACAGUGAGGAGGAUGAUGCUGUAGUAACUAGUCCGUCGAGAACGAGGUCAAUUCAAAAGAGAUCAGGCGGACGCGUCAAUGAUUCUACACUGGAAGAUAUCAGACAGAAACCGAUGAAAAAAACCUUUGAGAUCGUCGACAGCGAUGAUGAAGACGAUGAGGACGAUGCGAUUGUCUCCUUGCCAAGGAGAUCGCUAGACACAGGAUUUAGUCCACAGCGACCUUCUCUCAGACAGUCAAGCCAGCCGCUAAGCUCUUCCGCGUCCAGCCAAAGGGAAGUUUUAGGUUCCAGUAGAGACGAAGCCCUUCAGAGACCAGGUCUGUCACUAUCGAAGAGGCCACUAAGUGGCAAAAGGCCAAGUUUAAAUCACAGUGAGGGCGGUGACAGUGGAGAAGAGAGGACAUCCCGAUAUUCAAGCAUAGGAAAAUCCAGUUUGGCACUGGGCUCAGAGGAAGAAAGUGAUGACGACGCAGUUGUCUCUCGAUCAAGUAGAUCGCAAAACAAAGGAUUCAUUCAACAACGACCUUCUUCUCAGCGGUCAAGCCAAGCGAUAAGCUCUGCCGCGUCCAGCUCAAGGGAAGUCUUCGACUCUCAUAAGGACGAAGUCCCUCAGAGACCAGGUCUGUCACUAUCUAAGAGGCCACUAAGUGGCAAAAGGCCAAGUUUAGAUCGCAGUGGAGGCGGUGAUAGUGGAGAAGCGAGGAAUUUCCAUUCUUCAAGCGUAAGGAAAUCCAGUUUGCCCAUGGGCUCAGAGGAAGAAAGUGAUGACGAUGACGUAGUCGUGACAGGUAGAAAGACUAAGAAUGAUAAGAAGCCAGCUCGUUCCAGUCUUACACAGAAAUCAUCCGCAAGCACGCCUCCAGCGCCACAAAAGCGUGAACGUGGAUCGAUAGUUAGCAGCCUGGACAGCUUUUUCUCUUCCACUGCUUCGUCAAAAGAUUCCAAAAGCAAAAAGUCCCCCCGGAAAACUCUAGCUCAGUUCAAUGAUAGUGAUGAUGAUGAUGACGACGACGACGAAGACGAAGUAGUUGUAUCGUCCCUGUCGGGAUCUAAAUCCAAACAGAAACGCAGAGUCUCCACCGAUUCAGUCGCUAACUUAUGGGCAACAUCGGAUUCCGGAAACGAUUUAAAGACUAAGCGGAAGUCGAGUUUAAAAUCCUCGCCCAGUAACAAGUGGAAUGCGGACUUUGAGUUUGAGAAACCUUCUCAUCGGCGACCAGACUCACAGCUUGAUGAGCUGUUUUGACGAGGAGACUCGCCAUAGAUGCUCUGUACAGAGUAGACUGAAAGUCGUCAGAUAGACCCAAGGAGUUGUAGUAUAAUUGUUAUAUUUGGUGAAUAAACGAAACUUUUU